GGAGGUGGCGCAGACAGAGGGCUCCCAGCAGCUGCAGCUGCAGCUGCAGCUGUCAGACUCCUCGGAGAAGCAGCAGCCCAAGAGGUUACACGUCUCCAACAUCCCCUUCCGCUUCCGGGACCCCGACCUCAGACAGAUGUUUGGGCAAUUUGGGAAGAUUUUAGACGUGGAGAUUAUUUUUAACGAGCGAGGCUCCAAGGGUUUUGGGUUUGUAACAUUUGAAACGAGUGCCGAUGCAGACCGUGCCAGGGAGAAACUAAAUGGUACAAUCGUAGAGGGACGCAAAAUAGAGGUGAACAACGCAACAGCCAGAGUAAUGACCAAUAAGAAGGUGGCGAAUCCUUACACAAACGGCUGGAAGCUGAACCCGGUGGUUGGAGCUGUCUAUGGUCCUGAAUUUUAUGCAGUAACAGGGUUUCCCUACCCCAGUGCAGGGGCAGCAGUAGCCUAUCGGGGAGCCCAUUUGAGAGGGAGGGGUCGUGCUGUCUACAACACAUUCCGUGCCGCACCUCCACCCCCACCCAUCCCCGCCUAUGGAGCUGUGGUCUACCAGGACGGCUUCUACGGAGCAGAAAUAUACGGGGGUUAUGCAGCCUACAGAUAUGCCCAGCCAGCUGCCACUGCAGCAGCUGCCUACAGCGACAGUUACGGAAGAGUCUAUGCAACUGCAGACCCCUACCACCACACGCUCGGUCCUGCAGCCACAUACAGCGUUGGCACUAUGUAAAUAGGAUGACCAGGAGGAGGGGUUCAGAAGAACAUCUACUUCGACGAACCAGAGCAACACGAACAAAGGAAGGACACUUCAAAAGAUCAACUAAACCAACAAAAAAAAGAGAAAGAGAGAAGAGAAAAUGAAGAACCCUUCUCUAUAGGCCCGGAGGAUGAAGGAUGUUCAGGCCAGUACCAUAGCAACGGCCUGAACAGUAGCCUGAGUAGC